AUGUCGAAAUUAUCCAAUACUCGUUCUGUUCGAUCGACAUAUCCAGGUCUUUUAUUACUUAUUGAUUAUGGUUUAAGUGAAAAAACUAUUCAAGGUAUUUGUCAUGGGCUUGAUCAACUAUUUAGUGUUAUAUCGACGUAUGUUGGUGUACAACGCAUACCAAUGUUUGGACUAAUCGUUAAUGGACAACAUCAAAGUGAAAUUUUUAUUCCAUUGUCAUUAACAUAUAAUAAUCAUAUGGAAUUACAAUUAGCAUUGUGUAAAUUGCAACUACUUGCUCAAAAAUGGUCAAUAAAAUCAAAUGGAUUUAAUAUUUCAUCAGUAUCAUGGCAAUCUGCUUUACAAUUAGCUUACAUCGAAAUCAAUUCAGUUAUUCAGAAUAAUACUGAAAAUCAGAUAGGCGUUGAAGAAUUUACAACACAAUAUGGUGUUGUUUCUACUAUUAUUAAUAUAUUAGGAUUAAUUAUGUCUGAUCACGUUGAUCAUUCGUGGCACAUGAUUCGGUGUGAUUUACAAGAGAUAUUAAUUGAUCCUCAUCAUCAAGUUAAUCAUGAUAGAUUUUUCAUUUAUACUGAACCAUCAAGAAUAUCAACAUUAACUACAAAUUCUUCAUCGUUAUUAUUGCCAAUUUAUCAAUUAAAAGCAUUGAAUUUUAUUAAACAAACAAAUUAUUGUAUAUCAUUGAUAUUUGGCAUGCCGCUUCUUGUAAUAUCAUCAGCAUGUCAUAAAUAUGAUAUUGAAUCAAUUGAAAAAAAUGAAAUCGCUUUUGAUACUUUAACAGAAUAUUUACGUCAAAACGAAUUAAUGUUAAUUUGUUGUUUACAUGAUUGUUCAUCGUCAUCAAUAAUGAAUCAAUCAUUUUCUGGACAUUUUGUUCUUUCAGUUGCUUCAGAACAUAGUUUAAUAUUACGUUCAAUUGCUUCUAGUGAACUUCUUUUACCAUUACCAAACUUAACACGUCAAAUAAUUAAACAUGAACAAAAACACAAUGAUGAAAACUUACUUAAAAGUCUAUCUAAUAUCUAUCAUUCUUGUUUCCUUUCCCCUUCUCUUUUUUACCAUUCUACAUCAUCAUCAUCAUCAUCAUCAUCAUCAUCAUCAUUAAUGGCUGUUCGACGAUUACAACAAGAUUUUCGACAAUUAAUGAAAAAUAAAGUAGAUGGAAUUGAUGCAAGUCCAUCAGCAGACAAUAUUCUUCUCUGGAAUGCUAUUGUUUGUGGUCCAGAAGAAAGUAUUUAUGAAUCUGGUACAUUUCAACUUCAAUUAAGCUUUCCAGAAGAUUAUCCAAAUCGACCACCACAAGUUCGAUUUAUUACAAAACUCUUUCAUCCAAAUGUUUGGUGGGAUGAUGGACUUAUUUGUGUUGAUAUACUUAAAGAUGGUUGGUUACCAUCUUAUGAUGUUUUAGCAAUACUUCAUUCAAUUCGUCUACUUCUAAUUGAUCCAAAUCCACUUAGUCCAGCUAAUUUAGAAGCUGCUUUGCUGUAUCGUGAUAAUCGAGUUGACUAUAAUCGACGUGUUUUACAGAUGAUUCAAGAUACACUCGAUACGGAUGAUGAAGAUGAUUAUGAUUAUGACGAUGACGAUGAUGAUGAUGAUGAUGAUGAUGAUGAUGAUGAUGGUCAAGUUGAAGAUGGUGAUACACAACGUCAAAAGACGACAAUUCUUCGUCAAAGCAUCACCGAAUGA